CAUCGCCAACAAUGGCGUCGCCCUUCCCAAUUGCUCUGCCGUCGAGCGAGACGAGGAAGCUGUCAACGGCCUCGUCGAAGCUGCUCAUGAAGACGACGGAGGCAGACGCUGAGGCUGGAGUCAAGAUCCUUCCAAGGAAGGGAGAGGCAAACGUACUCGUCACUUCAGCAUUGCCAUACGUCAACAAUGUCCCGCACUUGGGCAACAUCAUCGGAUCAACACUCUCAGCAGACGUCUUUGCCCGAUACUCGAGGUCAAGAAAUCGCAACACCCUCUACAUCUGUGGCACUGACGAGUACGGUACAGCUACAGAGACAAAGGCACUCGAGGACAAUGUGACUCCGCAGGCAUUGUGCGACAAGUACCAUGCUCUUCAUGCUAGCGUAUACAAGUGGUUCCAGAUCGGCUUCGACCACUUUGGCAGGACGACGACCCCAAAGCAGACAGAAAUCUGCCAGGACAUCUUCCUCCGACUCCUUGAGAACGGUUACAUGGAGAAGCGUGUGAUGACUCAGCUCUACUGUCCCAAGGACGAUCGCUUCCUCGCUGACCGUUACGUCGAAGGAGAAUGCCCGCGGUGUAGCUACGACGAUGCUCGUGGAGACCAAUGUGACAAGUGCGGUCAGCUCCUCGACGCCAUUGAGCUCAUCAAGCCUCGAUGCAAGAUUUGUUCGACACCGCCUGUGCCCAAGGAGUCGCCGCAUAUGUUCAUUCGCAUCGACGAGCUGCAGCCGCAGGUGGAGGAAUGGGCCAAGAAGGCUGCUGUGGAGGGCGGGUGGAGCUCCAAUGGGAGGAUCAUUACCGAGAGCUGGUUCAAGGAGGGCUUGAGGCCAUUCAGCGUAACACGAGAUCUCAAGUGGGGCGUCGACGUUCCGAAAGUAAAGGGGACAGAGGACAUGGAUGGCAAAGUCUUCUACGUGUGGUUCGAUGCACCCAUCGGCUACCCGUCAAUUACGGCCAAUUAUACCGAUGAGUGGAGACAAUGGUGGCAGAACCCGGACGACGUCAAGCUCUUCCAAUUCAUGGGCAAGGAUAACGUCCGCUUCCACACCGUCAUCUUCCCUUCGUGCCUUCUCGGGACCAAGCAGCCAUGGACCCUCCUCAAUCACAUCUCCACAACAGAGUACUUGCAGUACGAGUCGGGCAAGUUCUCCAAGUCGAGGAACAUUGGUGUCUUCGGCGACAAGGCAGGAGCAAUUGGCGUAGCCCCCGCUGUCUGGCGCUACUACCUCAUCGCGAACCGACCGGAGGGCAACGACACGCACUUUGCCUGGACGGACUUCAUCGCGAGAAAUAACGGGGAGCUGCUUGCCAACUUGGGCAACUUCGUCAACCGUGUUCUCACUUUCUGCUCAAAGAAAUACGAUGGCGUCCUGCCUGAACUGCCAGAAGGUCAGGGUCUGCAGGUGGGGGCCCCGCUAGAGGGAGACGACGAGACGGUCAAUGGCCGCUUCAUUCGCGAUGUCAACCGCAUCAUUGCCCAGUACGUCUCGGCCAUGGAGGCCGUGCGCAUCCGUUUGGGCCUGCAGACCAUGAUGGCCUUGUCGGCGCGAGGUAAUCUGUUCCUCACCGAGAGCGGGCUGGACAAUGCCCUCUUCAACAAUAAGCGCUCAGAGUGCGAUGCGGUCAUGCUGCUAGCUAUCAACCUCAUCUGGGUCAUCUCGUCGCUCGUCCACCCUUUCAUGCCAGAAACAGCCGACCAGAUCUGCGCACAGGUCGAUGCCCCCGCGAGAGUGGUGCCCUUCGUCGACGAUGCUUCAGCAGAGGGUCGCGCCGUCUUCUCUCUCGACCUCCUCCCUGGUCACAAGAUUGGCAAGCCGGCUCACCUCUUCAAGCGUAUUGACGAGGCCCAAGGAGACAUGUGGCGCUCCCAAUUCGGGGGCGAGUCCUCAGCCAAAUCUGCUGCCAAGAAGGCCAUGGCUAAGCUGGAGAAGGAGAAGAAGAAGGCUGCUCAAGCCGCCAAGGAGGCAGCGAUGCCUAAGGUCAAGACGCCGGAGAUGAUUGAGCUUGAGAAGAAGGUGGAGGAGCAGGGUGCUGCGGUUAGGAAGGCGAAGGAAGCUGCGAAGCAGGGCGGUGGCGGCGGCGAUGUGGAUAAGGAAGUCUCAGCGUUGCUGCAGCUCAAGACGGAGCUGACAGAGCUGACGGCACGGGUAAAGGCAUUGGAGGUUGAG